UUUCUGCGACCACUUUCAGUCCCUUUAGAAAGAGGUUUCCAAGAUGGCAAAGAAACGGGAGGCGGAUAAAACGCCGCAUAACGAUGAUCCUGGUAAAAACGACGAUGAGAAUAUCAACGCGGACGACGAGCCGAACUUCAGCGAUCCCGAGGGAUUCGUUGACGAUGUAACCGACGAAGAACUACUUGGCGAGCUCAUUAGGCAGAAACCAUCUGAGACCGAUGGCGUUGAAGCUGUCGUUGUCGUCGACGGUGUUCCGCAAGUUGGACCCGAGCGUUUGGAAAAACUCCAAAUGGUGAUCAACAAGCUGUUUGGAAAGUUUGGCGACAUCGUCAACGAGUGGUACCCCAAGAACGAAGAUGGCCUGACUAAAGGCUACAUAUUCCUGGAGUACAAGAGUCCGGUGAACGCAUUAGCUGCAGUCCAGUUGACGAACAAUUACAAGCUCGACAAGCAGCACACGUUUAAGGUGAAUUUGUUCACGGAUUUCAAAAAGUUUGAGGAUACACCGGACGAGUGGGAACCGCCAAAGCCCCAGCCAUAUACAUCGAGCGGUGACCUUCACUACUAUCUCCUUGAUCCUGAUGCGUACGACCAAUUCUGCGUCCUCUCUGGAAAUGGACCUGCGGUUUCUGUUCAGAUAUGGCAAAAUUCUGCACCUGAACCGACGCUGCUGGAGGACCGACCGCGAUGGACAGAUACAUACGUCAAGUGGUCUCCGUUGGGCACAUACAUAGCGACUUUCCAUAAGCCAGGAGUCGCAUUGUGGGGUGGUCCAAAGUUCGAGCAGAAGGCAAAGUUUGGUCAGCGCGGGGUCGAGUGCGUUGACUUUUCACCUUGCGAACGUUAUCUCGUCUCAUAUUCACCCAGAGCUGAGAGCAGCGUCGAUCAGAAGCGGCUUGUUGUCUGGGAUAUUCUCUCCGGUCAAGAAAAACGAUCUUUUAAUCCUGACGGGUCCUCGGUCUGGCCCAUUUUUCGAUGGUCACACGACGACAAAUAUCUCGCUCGCAUGGGCGAAGAUGUGCUCAGUAUCUACGAAACGCCUUCAUUUGGACUACUUGACAAAAAGAGCAUCAAGAUACCAGGGAUAAGAGACUUCAGCUGGUCUCCCACUGAUAAUGUUCUAGCCUAUUGGGUGCCGGAAGACAAAGACGUCCCAGCUAGGGUCACACUUUUGGAAAUUCCCAGCCGCAACGAAAUUCGUAACAAAAAUCUAUUCAAUGUUGCCGACUGUAAAAUUCACUGGCAAAAAUGUGGUGAUUACCUCUGUGUCAAGGUGGACCGUUUUGCAAAGAGGAAAGAAAAAACUGAACAAAAAUACACUGGAAUGUCGUACAACUUCGAGAUAUUCCACAUGCGUGAAAAGCAGAUACCGGUCGAUAGUGUCGAAAUGAAGGAACCGAUUCACGCGUUCGCCUGGGAACCUGUGGGUAGUAAAUUCGCCAUCAUUCACGGUGAAAUACCCAGCGUAAACGUUAGCUUCUACGGUGUACGCCCUGGACUACAUCCCGAUCUUCUCAAAAAACUCGAGAAGAAGGCGUGCAAUCACCUGUUCUGGUCUCCUGCUGGCCAGUUCAUUGUACUCGCUGGUCUUACCACCAUGGCUGGUGCCUUGGAGUUUAUUGAUACCAACGAUUUCACUAUAAUGAACACCACUGAUCACUACCAGACCUCUGACGUCGAGUGGGACCCUACCGGCCGAUACGUUGUGACUGGAGUGUCAAGCUGGAAGACGAGCGUUGACAACGGAUAUUGGAUUUGGUCGUUCCAAGGUCGUAUUUUGAAGAGAGUCAAUUUGACGGCGUUCAAUCAGCUUCUAUGGCGUCCAAGGCCAGUCACGCUUCUGACCGCCAAGCAAAUCAAAGAAAUUCAGAAGAACCUGAAGAAGUAUUCGGCACAAUUCGAAAGCAAAGAUCGAAUGAGGCUCACUCGCGCCUCGAAGGAAUUGAUCGAAAAGCGUUGUACACUGAUGAAGGAAUUCGAAGAAUAUCGAUCAAAACGUAUCGAAGAAUGGAACAGCCAAAAGAAGCGUCGCCUUGAGCUACGCAAUAAUAUUGACACGGACGAGCUGGACUCUGAUACGAAGAAUGUUGAGGAGGAAUCGAUUGAGUUUUUCAUCAAAGAAGAGACAUUCGUCAUCGAUUAAGAAAGUAUCCUAAGAAUUGAAAUAAUUCGGUCUUGCCGGACUUGGAAACCUCUGUGUAAGACCGUUGAAUUGUUGGAUUUCAUGGUGUAUUGUACCUACUAACUCUGGAACGGAGGUGACCCACGCUGCAAGUGGCAUCAUUUCCAUUAUAAAACAUUAAUGAUGGUCUUCUUUUACUAUUAUAGCAAUUGCGUAGAA